CCUUUGGAGCCUUCUGCUGCUCUGGGCAUGGGAGCACAUCCCAUUGAUAGUGAAGAGAAGUCAGCCACCAACCUGGCAGCCAAACAGUUCCUUCUUGAUGAGCUGGUGUCUCUGGAGAAUGAGGUGUCUGAGACCAAGAAGAAAAGAAGUUUCCCAGGAUUUGGCUCCCCAAUUGACAGAAUUUCUUCGACAUCUGUGGCCACUAAAAGCAAACAGAGGAAAGUGGUUGAGCUGCCUAAGAGAAGGUUUGGCGUUCCUCUUGACCGAAUUGGAGUGAGCCGUCUCGGCAACACCAAGGGUUAG